GUUGAACAGUGCACCCAGGGAGACGCAGGGCUGAGCAUUUGGCCCACCGAGCGAAUGACGCGCCCCCCGUAAACAAAGAGCAUAUAAGAAGGCCCCGGCCGCUGGAGAGAUGCCCUCGCCUUUCCGGGUAUUGACCCAGACAAACAUUACACUAGGCCAUGGUUGUUGAAUACUCCCACUCCACCACAUGCCUCGAGUCCUCGCCGAAAGUACCAACGAGAUGGAGCGCCCCGCCAGGCUGAACGAGAAUCAGCUCCCCGAAGAAGACGAGUUCUUCGAAAUUGUCGACUUCACGUCAGCGUCGCCCUUCGAGCGCUUCACGGCUAACCUGGAGCUUCUGCUGCCAGAAUGGAUGCAAUCCCAAGAUGAGGGAGUCGACGAGCCCCAACUCAGUCGCUCAGCGCACGUGCUGUUCUUCGAGACGGAGUACACCAUAGCAUAUCAUCGCGUGUCUCCAUUCCAAGAGCACGAGGACUUCGUCCUCGUUGCAGAGAACUCACAUAUCAUCCACUCCUGGACUGGUUUACCGGUCCUCAUUACGAUCGUGCCGCGAGGUCCGACCAAGCCGGAAACGUAUGACCUGAGCACGACGAAACUGCUCCUUUCCGCAUUCAUCGUGGCCGCCGGCAAUACGGGCUGUCAGAUACCGGCGUUCGUACCUGUGGGUAACGCAUGGAAGUCAAUGUGGGCAGGCGCCGGUCUGACGCCCAACGGGGGCCAGCGUACCUACCGUAUGAUGCAUGCGCCCUACGUUCCACCCCAAUGGAACACCAUGGAAGGCUUGAAGGGACUCGUCCGCAAAUGUUUUGAGGAGGAGAUGGCAUUUGAACAUCUGCAAUAUGAGAUAACAGCUGCAGUGGCUGCGACAUUCACUACGCAGAUCUCAGAAGAAGAUAUAGAAUUUCGGGAGUAUGCAGCCGUUGCGGCCAGUGGGCCGGCAAAUGAUGAUGAUACCCACGACGAUACAGAAGAAGACGAUGAUGAACCACGGACAAUUCCAUCCAUUCCUUCGUCUCCAGCGGCAACAGAGAUCAUAGCGUUACCAUCUGGGCCAUCAGCCAACCCACUUCGGUCGCUCAAUGUCCAAGCAAUCUUCCCCCGAGAGGACAUCCGCGCCUAUUAUGGCGACCUCGACUAUGCGACCGCUCCAAUGUGGAGAUUCGUCCCGAGCUUUGUCCCUGGCGACAUGCGAGACACGCGAGGCAUGCUGGCUGGCCUUGUGGGGCGCCUUGUCCAUGUGUGGCAUGGGGAGGAGCAGACCAUGCAGCAGCCGUAUUUUGCGAAACUCCCAGGUGCAGUCAUGCGUGGUGUUGGUCCCACCGGCGAUUACGGUGAACAACCACUCUUCGAUCCGACCGAUGCCACCGAGAACGCUCGGGCGCUUUUCCAGGACGUGUACCAACAAGAGCAGAUCGUUGCAAAAGGACCCGGACCGGACUAUAUUCCAACAGUAGCGGAUAUAAUCGAACAGUACCGAUCCCCGCAUCUACUCCCAAGCCGAUGUCUCGUCGACAAGUUCACCCUCCGACUCUUGGACUGGCUAUCUCCAGAAUCACCUGCUCCCUUUCGCAUGACGAGCGCCGAUGUCACACUCAGGACCUUCUGGUCGGAGAUGCUUGAUCAGCUGAGGAUAUGUUGGGAAACUGGCACGCAGAUACCUGGGAUCUGGUGUGGAGCCAACAACGAGAGCAUCGAGCUCCGUUGGAACCUCCUGUAUCAAAAAUUGCAGCUGUUGAACUACUGCAUUGGAAUCAGGCGCGCUAAGAAUGAACACAGUGAAUUGCCGCCUCGGGAGGUGGGAACAAUCCCCGAAGAGUCGGAACCUCCGGAGGCUGGGGAACCUGCUUCGGAUAAUGAUCAAGUACAUCAGACCUCGAUGCUAGCCUUAUCCCACCGCGUCCUGAACAAGCUGACCGAUUUGUCGUCCACGGUUGCCAACGCUGACGGGUCCAUGUUGCCCAACAUGCUCUCGGCGGUAACCCGUCCCGCUCUGACGUCGCGAUUGGGCGGCGCACCGGUCGCACCGUCGCCGCCUGAUCGCCCUUCUUUGGUCGGGACGAGCUGGAGUAGCGAUAGGAGUUGGGAGGACAUCAAAGCUCGGCGGGAUAGUGGGGGAACGGGCUUCGUUGUGGGGAGCUUGGGCGUGCGGAGCAUUGGGAGUUUUGAGGAAGCGGUUGAUCCGUCUGUCGACCAUGGGACGAAACAUAAGCAGCCAACGCCGGUCGAAAGCGUGCAGACGGAUGAUGAAGAGAUGUUUUUCGACACGAUGGAAGACGUUCACGAGGAGCACAGUGCGAGGAAGGCCGAGGGUUCCUCAACCGGCGACAAACACACCGGGGGAACUAGACCUGCCCCAAUUAGCCGCUCGUUGACCGAAUCCUUUAUUCAUCUCCCGCCAUACCCGACUUCUACAGCAUCAGCAGAGGUUCCACACACAGACCGCUGUGGACACAAGUCCCCCCUUCCCUUCACAUCUUUCGCCUCCCAUCAACCGCUAUACGUACCGUUUACUCAAACUGCCGGACCACAGACCGAAGACCAGAUAGUGGAAUUUGAGAGAAGAUUGACGCAUCUGUCCCCACUCGAGCGUGCUCAGCUCCAGAGCAGGGGUUUAGAAAGUGACAUGAAAGCUUUCAAGGCCGCAAACCCUGGUUGUACCAUGGAGGACUUUGUUCGGUGGUGGAGUCCCCGUGACUGGAUCGAGAACACCGGGGCAGGAAAGUUUGACGACACACAGGAGGAGGAGGCAAGAGGGCAACAGAGUGCAGUGCCAACGGGGAAGCUGAGCGGCCGGAUGAGUGAGCCGGGCAAUCUCUGGAUGGAGAUGUGGCGGACCGCGCAACCGGUACCCGCCAACGAGCAGAUCCCUUUGUUCGAUCACAACGAGGUGGCUGCCGACAUUUUACGGUGGUUGGCCAACCUGUCGCCACCACGGCUAGCCACCUUACUCGUCCCGCAAGCUCUCAUCCAAGCAUAUCGAAGCGUAUCGAGCCAUGCUUUCGUGCCUCUCCUGCCACCUCUGCAGAACCAACUGCGCGACUUUGCGAACGCCAUCCUAGCCGUCGCCGAUGAGGACUUUUCAUCCCACAUGCGUACUCCAUCCGCAGCUGGCCGCUCGCACGCCGCUUCAGCUCACGCAGCCGUUGACCACGCUUUAGAGAAACUGAAUGACAUGGAGCAGACGCUGGGGAUCGCAACCGCGCUGUGGAGACGGCUCGGCAACAAUUGGGAGCUCAUCAGUGGGAUCCUGCUAAGUGAGGGCCACGUUAUCUUUGCGGAUGAGGAUUCGGUGCGCGAGAGGCAGAGUUUGUGGGAGAUGAUUGCAAAGGGCAAUAUCCUGCCAGCACCCGACACAAUCGAGUACGUAUUCCGCAAACGCCUCGCCGUCCAUUCGGGUCCCGAGGACUCUACCAUUGGUGAAGAGUGGGAGCAGGAAGAAAACAUGGGAGUCCAGCGGAUUUACGCGAUGGUGCGCGGCGGCGAGUUUAGGAUCGUUGAGGAAUCUCUUAGCGAGUGAACUGUGUCCUCGGUUAACGAUCCGUAGCGUAGCCCCUUCUCCCUUAGCGGAUAGGAGUUAGGGUCCAUCACCAUCCGCGCGUAGUAGCUUUUGAAAGCUUUUGACAUUUUUGGUUGCUACUUUUCAUUUCAUCUCAAUGGCAUACAUUCAUGGGGGAGUUUGAGA